AUGAUUUUCCUGCGCUUCUUCAAAGCCUACUGGUACCAGAUCUUCAUCCAACCGACGCCUAUCCCCCCACACGCCCUCUUCCAACCCGUAAUAACGCAAACCCACGCACCCCUCCUCGAAAUAGAUUUCAACAUGCACAAAUCGAACUCGACGUACUUCGCAGACAUGGACAUUUCGCGCACCCACCUUUUCACGAGCAUUGUGCGCAACGGCAUUCGCAAAGUCUCGGCGGGGGGGUUCCAUAUGCCCAGGGCGAGCAAUAAGAGUGCGACCGUAGCAUCCGCGACCGCGGGACUGGGCGCAACAGAAGGCAGUGUCGGGACAGGAGGAAACGCAAAAUACAUGAUCGCGCUGGGCGGCGUGCAGUGCAACUUCAAAAAGGAGAUCCUUCCCUAUCAGAAAUUCGAAAUGUGGACACGCCUGCUGAGCUGGGAUCGGAAGUGGUUCUAUCUUGUCACACACUUGGUUCGCCCGGGCGUAGGGAAGCCCGCGAGCUUUAGCUUGCAGCCGUGGCGCAAGAGCAAGCGCGUGCAGGGCGAGGAGGUGGAUCCGGAGAAGUUGACGGGCGCGGUUUUCGCGACGGCGAUUGCGCGGUAUGUGAUUAAGCGAGGACGGUUGACGAUUCCGCCCGAGAAGGCGCUGUUCGACGCGGAUAUGGUGCCGGAGAAGCCGGAGGGGUGGGUGUAUAAGGGCGACGAUGAAGCCGAACUCAACGGAAAAGUCAAUGGGAAUGUAGAGGGUGUGCUGCCGGAGAAGGGCACCGUGGAGUGGAACUGGGAUGUUAUCGAGAGGGAAAGAAGGAGAGGUUUGCGGUUUGCGGAGGCAUAUUCAGAGCUAGACGGGUUGCAUGAUGUUUGGGAUGGGGGAAAAGAGGGGGUGUUGGGAGAGUUUGCGGAUUUAUCGCUAUUGUAUCGGUGA